AUGAUUUGGCCCAAAGACUUAAAAAUGUCGUUGCCUAAAGGCCAAGAUCACUGGUCUGAAGAAGAUGCCCUAAUGUUACUGGAAAGUGUGGAGAAUAACCUCCCUCCGAAUGAUAAGCAAAAGUUCAAAACAACUCAGUCACAUAUGAACUGGGAAAAUGGUAGCUUUCAGAGUUUUUUUCCUGGAGAAAUGUACAAAAACUCAGGCUUGGAGAUUUCUUAUAAUUUAAGGAAGUCUAGUACUUUGAAAGAAUUAGUCCUGGAAGCUGAGGAACAUGUUAAAAAUCUCUCCAAAAUGAAAAAAAUAAAGAAACAUCCGGACUUCCCCCAGGAGAAGUGUUCCCAGUACUCCCAAAUGCACCCUGAGCUGAGCAACCAGGAGCUGGCCAAGGUUCCAUCCAAGAAAUUUAAAGAGCUCCCAGAGAAGAUGAAACUCAAAUAUAUUCAAGAUUUCCAGAAGGAGAGAAAGGAAUUUGAAGAAAAACUGGCUCAAUAUCAGAAAGACCACCCUGAUCUCAUCCAGAACUGCAAGAAAUCCGAUGCCCCCAAGAAGUGCCAGACUCAAACCCAAAAGUGUUCUCAGAGAAAUGUGAACAAAAUGAGGUCUUCUCUGGAGACUGGUCACUUCACAAGGAGUUGAAAUUCCACAGAGAGUACAAAAAGCACCCCCCAUGGAUGGAUACCGCAAGUUCUACCAGGAUUUGUGGUUGAGUA